AUGGGACCAAAACAGCCAAAGAAAGCCGGGGCUGCGUACCCGGACCGACCAAAGUACACGUAUGAGGCACCGGAGUUCAAGCCGUCGACUAGAGCGGACUCUGAGAUCGAAGUCAAAGUGCGAUUAGCCAACCCCAGUUCAAGAGAUUUGGAGUUUACAAUGAUCGGGGACAAGUUCACGAGUUUUGAAGUGAUUCGGCAGGCCAUACUCAAGCGUCACGGUGGCAGUAUUGUUGAAGUCUUCAUGUGUAUCAAUCACUUCAAUCGAGACGACUGCGUCGACGUGACUAAGCAACUGAAGGACUACGGGAUCACGUCCGGGCACUGCACUAUAUACUACGACUUUACGCCCUUUUCUAGUCCUCUUCUGGCUGCAUGAGACAGGCAGUUGGCUGUCCGGUUGUUCUUCUGGUGUACGUCAUGUGUGUCACGUAAGAGACAGGACUGCCUACUCAGAGCAAGGAUCCCUGUUGGUUGUCGAAAUUCGCCGCCGACCAGCAGUGGCCUUCCGCUUUGUGUCAGUCGACAGAAUUUUGGAGGUUCAUGCUUGUAUCACAGUGCGACCGUAGAUG